AUGAUUAGGUGUGUGGAGCAGCUUUCAUAUGAGGAGACGUUGCUCUGCAUCAGGAUCGGACACCUUCUCUCUGACUCCAUGUCAGAUCCCUCCACCUUCAUCCUGAUGGGCAUCCCUGGCCUGGAGGCCACCCAUGUCUGGAUCUCCAUCCCCUUCUGCAUCAUGUACAUCAUAGCCAUCUUGGGAAACUUGACCAUCCUCUUCAUCGUGAAGACAGAGCCGAGGCUCCACCAGCCCAUGUACUAUUUCCUCUGCAUGCUGGCCAUCACCGACCUGGUCCUGUCCACAUCCACCCUUCCCAAAAUGCUGAGCAUCUUCUGGUUCAAUUCCAGGGAGAUCAAAUUCAGUGCCUGCCUCGCCCAAAUAUUCUUUGUUUACUGCUUCUCCGUGAUUGAGUCAGGGAUCUUCGUGGCCAUGGCUUUUGAUCGCUACGUGGCCAUCUGCCACCCCCUGAGACAUUCCACCAUCCUGACAAACUCCGUGGUGGCCAAGAUUGGCUUGGCUGUAUUGCUGCGAGCUGUCAUGCUCACAUUGCCCUAUCCCUUCCUGGUGAGACAGUGGCCAUAUUGCAGAACCAACAUCAUCCCUCACACGCACUGCGAGAACAUCCCUGUGGUGAAGCUGGCUUGCGCCGACAUCAGCCUCAGUAGUUCCUACGGCCUCUUUGAGCUACUUUGUGGGGAAGGUCUGGACACAUUUUUUAUUGCCAUGUCCUAUUUCCUGAUCCUCCGGGCCAUCUUCAACCUCCCCACAAAAGAAUCCCGGCUCAAAGCUUUUGGGACCUGUGGCUCCCACGUCUGUGCCAUCUUAGCUUUUUACGUCCCUGGUUUUUUCUUCUCCUUCACACAGCGCUUUGGCCAGAAUCUGGCAUUGUAUUUCCAUGCUCUCAUUGGCAACGUGUACCUCCUGGUGCCCCCCAUGCUAAGCCCCAUCAUCUAUGGGCUGAGGACCAAACAGAUCCGGGAGAAGCUGCGUCUGCUCUUUACUCGUAAAAGGACCUGA